AUGGGGAGGCUAGGAGAAGGCUUAAUCACUAGGAAUAAUAAGAUUGGCCUGGUCUUAGGAUUGCGUAUCACCUUUUUAGAGGUAUUUUACAUGUACUCACAUCAAUAAUAUCUAGAUAAAAGCUACGGAUCUUUGUUUUUUUGCCACAAAUUUUUGUUUUUUAUAUGUUACAGUAACUCAGGGUAAAUAAAACUAACGUUAGUAAUAGCUAAAAUUGGUAACACUGCAAUUGCAGGUCUUGACCAAGUCUCCGCCGAGCCUUCGCCGAGCGUCCGCCGACCUUCCUAUGGAUUUGCCAGAUCCCGUAAGCACUUAGUAAAACCUUUUUUUAGGGGUAUCCAUGUGCUCUACGCCCAGUAUGGACCGAUUUUGUGUUGACCCGAACUGUCGGUCAGAGAGAAAAAAAUUUUUUGGUCCUAACUUUAGCAGUUCCAUGCGGAAACAUUUGAUUUUUUGUGGAAACAUUACCCUUUACGGUAGAAAUAGGUAUGAAACUUUUUGCGCCGAAAUUCGGCAAAAAGUCCUAAAAUUUCGCCGACUUUCGAUCUAAAAAUCUCGGUUGUUCCUGCAAAUUGCGAGCUAGGAUUCUCGUAUAUAUUUUAGAAAAAAAUAUUAUUCGAAAUUUGUGCCAAGCCUCAUCGAAAUCUGAGCGCCGCACUUGGGGGUACCUCCCUGGCGAGCGUCACUCUUGAGACACUAGCCUAGAAAAACACCUUCAAGGAAUGCCUCUUUUAUCUCGCAGACAAGUUAAUCAAAGUGUGUGUCAAGUCUGACCGUAGCCGGUGCAUGUGAUGGAGAGCAAAUGCACUUUUAGGGAAAUGUAAACAGCUGCUUAUAAUUAAAAAUUAUAAGCCGUUGUUUGCAUUUUCAUAAAAGUCCAGACUCCCAGAUCUCACGUUCACCGCUUUUUUUGUUCGUGACGUAUGCUCCGCGAAACAGCAGAUAAAAUUAGAAUUGAACAUGAAAUGAAGGAAACAACGGUGCGUACAGCGUCCUCAACAAAGCCCUCAACAACCUUUGAAGGCUUACAGACAUUCGGCGAGAGCGUAUUUUGCCCCAAAGUGGCUAUAAAGCAGGGUUAACCCGGUACAGAGUGUUGCACUCAACAGAGUGAGCGACAAGACAUUUCGCGGUGGAAAUAAGUUGGUUCGGAGAAAGCUCUUACCGUUUUGCACGCACCAGGCUAUAUAAGUGUUGCCUAGACAAGCCGUACAACGUCCGCUUGUGCCAGAAAACGUUUGAGAUGUCGGGGAAGAGAGGACGAAUUUGUUCAACUCGGGAGCCUUUCGGAGUUUGUGCUCCAUGAAGAAUGAGGACGAUUCUGCAGCUGAGUUUCGGUCUUUUUCUGUUAUUUUUGUGAUCCUUUGGUUUGAGUUACUUUAUUUUUUGUAUAUGUAACUAUUAGUUUCUGGGGAAAAUCAUGUGAAUUGGUGGGGCCUUAGAAUCGCUCAUUAUCGCCUUGCCACAGCUAGCCGCGGCUACCGAUUUGGUGUGCCGCUGCAACAAGAAGGGGUAAUUUUGAUGCGCCAGUCAUGAAAAUUUCUCCGACCAAUCCACAGAAUUUUCCAGACAGAAUGAUAGUAGAAAUCUAUCGGGAAAAUAAUGUGGACUCGAUGAAGUCGUAUAUCAUGGCUUGCGACGGCGAUACGAUUUGGCGAUUGCGACGAGGAGAGGAACCUUGCAGCGACAAACCCACAUUAUUUUUCCGACAGAUUGACAAUAUCAAUCUGUCGGAAAAACAAUGAGUAUAUUUUUGGCUGCGCCAACUGCGACACGGAAGUGAAAAAGCGAUGUGAUUUUGCCGCGACACAAUUCAUCUUCUCGGAGGCGAUGCGAUUUUCAAUGCGACAGAGUGCUCAUUAUUUUCCCGACAGACUGGUUAUAAAAUUCGUAUAUUUGUGUUAGAUGAAAGCUCAUAAAGUGCAUACAGAAAUAGCAAAACGGUGGUAAGUGUAGUAUUAUUGCUCAAAUUUAAUCAUGAUAUAAUACGUUUAAAGGGCUACUUCAUUUUUUUCGCCUUUCCCUUGCUAUCACUUUGUCGGGAACAUGGUGAGUGCAAUGUCAUUCGCUGACAUGCAAAAAAAUUUGAUUUUGCCGCGGCAGAAUUCGUCUUCUCGGCGACGAAUUUUCGAUGCGACGAAGUGGUCAUUAUUUUACCGACAGAAUGAUAAAAUUUAUUAGGGUUACAAAACUCUACGGUAAUCCUUCGAAGAAAAAAAAGCUCGUUAAAAGUGAAGCUCGUUUAAAGCUUGCUUUGGCCGGGCCGGUAUUAUAAGCCAAGCCCGACCCGUGAGUCAGGGGUGUAAUUGCAAAAAUGACCUUGGUCCCCCCUUACCAUUUUUUAAAAUUCUUUUGACCUAUUCUGGGAUUAGCCCUCCUCCCUCCCACCCUCUCGCUACACCUCCACCGAGAGCCAUGUUUGUGUCGCGCUAUGCGAAAACCCGCCAAAAUCCUACAGUAAGUCGCGAAUUGGUUACUCAACAGACCAUUCGGGCUAAAAGGGCAAGUCAAUAUGUUUUCCCUGUGGAGUAUAUAUAAUAGUGCAUCUCCGCACAAACUUAUCUUUUUCCGUGCGAAGUUCGGAGGAGAGAUACGACCGAAAAUCGGUUCUUUUUUGUCUUCACGCCCGCCUCUCUUUCGUUUUUGUCGACGCCCAUCGUCAGGAUCGUUUAAUAGUGCACACUCGGUUACGGUCGUCAAGGAUCGAAGCGCGGUCUUGGUGGAUCAUGAGCAUAAUUUUGGGGAGGUUUACAACUGCUACUACAUAUAUUCUAUGUAACGUUUUCUUUUUAUAUUGCCCCAAAAACAUCCCGCGAGCUGCUCAGCUGUUCAUUUGGAUCCGAUUUUGCAACCGAGCCCUCUUAGAUUUGUUACAUAGCCUGCCACGUAGAUUACAAGUAUUAUUUCCGCCAACGUCCGUAUACGAUCCCUACUACUACAAAUUGUGUCUUGGCCGCUGAAAUUCGUUCUAUUUUGUGCUUUGACUCCGCUCUUCGGUCUGCUCUAUGCAUACAUCGCUGCGGACGCUCUAUGAACCGGGCCUGGUGGCAUGAUACAUACUACAUGUUUCCAUGGCAUUCAUUAUUUUCGGGGGGUUCAUUUUUGGUUAGUGUACCCCUUUUUUAGCGCGAAUUGGAGUGCAGCGUAAUUGUAGGUUCGUAGCGGGUUGCAAUAGUACGAUCUGAAAACAAGCGCGGGACUUCAAGUUGCUAUCGCGUGAACCCUUUUUUGUACGUAUCACAGGCAGUAUAUAAGCGAAAUUUUGGGUUGGGAUCCGCUUGUGAGCCGAUUCUGGCAAGAAAUUUGCGUUUUAAUUGUAGUCCUUGAUAAACACGCUUUCCUUAUGUGACGCGCGCAUCGCGCGUUGCCAUAAUGUGGAAACGUAAGCAAACCAAAUCGUUAAUUUCGCUAACAGGGGAAGUACCCCAAGUGCGACGCUCAGAACUUUGGCACAACUUCAGAUAAAUUUUUUCCAAAAAAUAUGCAGUUUUUUACGAAUUUUUGACACAAAAGUUUCCGUCCCUAUUUCUACCGUAGUUCUCAUCAAAAAUUAAUCUUUUUACACGGCCUGACAAGGUAUGGCCGGCGUCGCGACACUUGCUGGCAACCCUUAGCGGGCAGCCCACAUUUUUUUGAUUAGAACUGCGAUUUCCCUCCCGUAAUCUGCGCAGUGUGUUAGAAAAUUUACAUUGACACCUCCCCAGUACUGAUAAGUACACGAGUCUAUUGAAUCCAUCCACCGCUUUUAAAGUUAUGGUAGUUUGUUCAGAAAAACGGUUGUUAAACCUGUAAGAAUGCCUGGUUAACAUUAUGGUGACUAUUCAAGCCACUUAUAUACAUACACCUGCAAUUUAAAAGACGAUUUUUGGCUCGCUGCGUCAGCGGUGGACAUAGGAAAAAAUCGAUUUUGAGUUUUUUGCAUAAAAAUGACCGUCGACAUGUGCGAAGGAAAAGCGAACAACAGUUUUUCUUAGUUCUGCCCGGAAGGCAUAAAUUUGCUUAAAUUUGUCUUUUUUGGAAUUUUCGACCUGGCGACGUCAUAGAAAGAGCAAAUCACCCAAAAUUUUGCUUGUAUACGUUUUCGACCUUUGGGAAUUCAUUUUUUUGAAAAUUAAGUCUCUCAGAUUACUGUAACAUAGGGAUAUUGUAAUCUGUAUAACUCCUUCGUAUCAAAAAUCCCACAGGAUUUUAUUUCAGAUUCGGAAUCAGCAUAAAAUUCUGCAUAUUAUACACAUAAUGUGCGGUCAUAACUCCAGGGGGGAGAUCGCGUAGUAUAUUGGAUUUUGGCAAAAAUUACGUUUGAAAGGUCGCGGGUUCGAUCCCCGCUUGGUGCAAAUAUUGAAAACACGGCGGAAAUCGCGUUUAAUGGACACCUAAGGGUUAUAUGAGACACACUAAGCAAUUUUAAACAUUAAUGCAUUUCUAAUUGUGAUUAAAACUGAUUUUAUAUAAUUUUUGGAGACUGAAUAUGCAAAAAAUAAAACUGCUUCAAACCGCGGGUCCAUUACGGGCUGACGCAGCGAGCCAAAAAUCGUCUUUUAAAUCGGCAACAUCGAAGGAUAAAUCGCUAGAAUUUCCCAAAUUUUUUGCUAGGUGACCACUCUCCACUUUUCGCGUAUUUUCUUGGCCACAAAGAUUGUUGAAUAUCUGGGAUGCGACUGCAAAGCGCCAGCUAAAAUUUUCAGUGAUUGAUAAGUGGUCCAUGCCUGAUGUUUUUGCAUGCGAAAAAAUUUUUAAAAAAUCUGAGCGUCGCACUUAUAGUACUUCUCUCAUGAGUCCAAAUUCUCGAUUUCUUUGCGAGUACGAAAUUAAAGGGCUCCGGUUUUGUGCCUUGGCGGAAGAGCUUCGGGUUUGUGCCUCGGCGGAUAUGGCAAACACUUUAUUAUCAAAUCAUUGUAUACAGUGGCGGUCAAAAAAAACGGCCACCCCAAGAUGAUGCGCUCUAACGCAGAAGAGAGUGGUCGUAGGAAGAUAAAUAUGGUAUCAUUGUAAAGCUUAUGGAAUACUAAGACGUGCGACUAUACGCUUGUGGUACUGUAGUGCUGGCCUAGCAGGUACUGGGGCAAUAUGUUCUUUUGGCCUGGUCAAAAAAAAUGGCCACCCAUAAUUAUUUUGCUUUAAACGCGGUGUAUGUUAGAAAUUGCCGCCAUAUGGGACUGAACUAGGAUAGCUAUAUCAAUACACACCAAUUCCAGUAUUUUUUACUUUGUACAUAUGCCCUCAGGCAUCAGUCAAGGUUGAUGACCUUGUUCAUGGUUAAGGCCCGGCCAAAUUUUUUUUUGGGUUUGUGCCGUUGUUUUGAUAACCCGAAGCAAUACUGUAGACGGUAUUGAUCGUAUUCGUGUGUAAGACUGCCCACUUUUGCCAAAAUUGCGCUUCUUUUGAUAAGAAAACUCAAAAAAUGAAAUAUUUUGACCUAAUUUUCUCCAAAAAUCCGUUUUGGUGGUCGCUAAACAAUGAAUGUAGAACCUUAAACAGGUUUUAUUUGUACAAGAACAUCAUGGACAUUUGUUUUAACACGGCACCGAUUAAAGGAACGACCGCCCGAAACGACAGAUACCGUUUUGUUACAGUUUUCGACUUCAGGAAAUAGUAUCUUCCUACGACCACUCUCUUCUGCGUUAGAGCGCAUCAUCUUGGGGUGGCCGUUUUUUUUGACCGCCACUGUAACAUUUUAGUCUUCUGAAACAACGGAAAAAUAAAACCGCAUAAAUUUGUAAAGUCUGAACAUUUCUUGCGGAGUUGAAUUUGCCGAAAAUCUGACGUCAAGGUCAAAAAGACACCAUUAAUUAGGCGCUCGCACUUUGACAUUCGGCAAUUUUACUAAAGAGUCAAUUUUAGGCCAACACUUGCGUCAAAAAACCCCGAUUGCAACAGGCAGAUUUGCUUGUUUCUUGUGAUCUUUUGCAGAAAAGUUCAGCUGAAUGUCUUAGCAAAGGGCGUGGUUUAAAUUUGCCUCAAAUUUGGUCAAAAACUGGCGGACUUUGCACGCGAAGGAAAGUUUUUCCUCAAUUUUGUCGCGUCUGCCACGUAAAUUUAGCUGUCCACCCACAUGUCUCUCUCACAGACGGAACGAAAACCACACUUUUUCGAACACACCACUCGAAUGAACCCUUCCUUACCUGUGUUUCCGAACUCCAAUUCCAUUUUUCGACAAACACUCGAGGAAUUUCCCCAGUUUUCGUCGUUUUCGCGUUUUUAUCAAAUCUUAAUCAUUGACCAAGCUGUCUCUUGCAGUGUUGCGGUUUAAAUAUGCGGGAAGAGGUGAGUAUUAUAAUCAAGGAUUAUGUUCAUGAUGGCUUCAACACGAAUUGUUGUUGUAUCUGUGGAGCCGAAGCGUUUGGGCUGCAUUUCGGCGUUAUGGCGUGUAGAGCCUGUAAGUCAAAAUUUUUUUUAGUUUUCAGCUUUUUGGGACUUAAGAAAGGAAUCUCGGUGUUUACCUCAAAAAUAAAGGCGUAUAUUCCGCAUGCUUAGUGCUCAUUAUUUUUGCUAGAUUAAGACCUACCCUAUUUUAAACCUGUCUACAAUAAUUUCAUACCCCACAAUAGCCAAUUUUAGACCAAAAUGGUGAUUUUUGCACAACAGGGGCCUCCGAGAGUGACGGACCUGAUCCAGUACCAAAAACGUACCAUUUUGCAUCCGGGAAGUAUCAAAAAAUAUAGCAAAAUGUCUUCUCCAACAAAAAAACUCCGCUUUGAAGAUGCAAAGGGUAAAAUUCACAGUGCUGAAAGCUUUCGAAAAAAGUCUACGCACGCUUGAAAAAAUCUUGAAAAACAAUACAACAAAAUUUUUUGGUCCUUUGCAAAGCUGUAAAGUCGUAGUACACUUGCCGUCCCCUAAAUAUAUGCUAGACUUUUCAGGCGCCGCAUUUUUUCGCAGGUCUGUUGCGAUGGGAAAGACCUACAAGUGCAAACAGAAGCAAAACUGCCCAAUUCACAAAGGUAGGGUCAUUUAUAUGCAUGCUGUGUAAAAACCAUAACCAACAUCUUUAUCAACCGAGCCUCAUUGCAUAACUGUCGCUUUGUUUCAGACUCUCGGAACAUGUGUCGGGCGUGUCGUUACAGGAAGUGUGAGAAGCUUGGAAUGAAAAAAGACAGUAGGUUGCCAACACCACUUUUUCCGGAUUUAGAUGCCGAUUGUAAUACACGAAUAAUAGAUAUAGAGCUCAAAAUUUGGGGCCCAUAUUUUAAUGAAAGCACAAAUUUAGACGAGAUAUUUUAAUUUUUUGUCUGUAGACACGAUAUAUAAAAAGUUCACAAAAUACGUUGGGUUGAUGUGUAUUGUGAUUUUUUCCGAGCGAAAUUAACCGAGAUCUAUAAAAAAUUUUCACAUUUUUUGUCCAAGUGCUUUCUGAAUUUUGACCGUUUCCCUUGUCAAUCCCUCCCUUCAGAUAUCCAAUUCUACCGCGAGCCCUUUGGCCAACGUCGACUCAAACCGAGGCCGACUCAAGACACGGAGCAAACCGCUCUUAUGUCAAUGGAAAUGCUGAUUGAAGAACCCCGUCCUACCACUUCGAACCAGAGUCUGCUCAGCAAAAUGGCGGAGGGAUAUCGGACGUUUCACGCGAAUCAGAAGUCGCUCUUCUUCGCCCUGUACCCAGAGACAAUGUUCGAGGAUCCGAACACCGUGUGGAGGGAGGUCCCAAUCGUUGAGCAUGUGAGAUUCGAGAGAUCGAGUAUUCCGUUGCUGCUGACCAUGCUGAAAGAGUAUUUCCCGCCGUUCUCGGAAUUCUCCAAACCUCAAAUGGUAAGGGGAAAUUUUCAUGAUGAUUUAUGCUAAUUACAACAAGGACUAGAUGGAUUCUGGAUGCAAUAAAGUGCAUCGUUCAGCGGCCGUUAGAUCAGUAGAAAAACCACUGUCAGUCUGUCGGAAACAUAAUGAGCACUCUGUCGCAACGAAAAUCGCAUCGCCGCCGAGAAAAUGAGUUGUUUCGCGGCUGAAUCAAAUGGCUUUUCAAGUAUGCAACGCCAUUGGCGCAGCGAAAUUACGCUCAUUUUCCCGACAUAGUGGUCAAAAAAAAAGUGUGCAAAAAAGCUGAAAUUUCCUCUAAAGGUUUACUUCUUGUGACUGUCACAUUGCAGAAGGCUAUUUUUGGCUAGAGAUGAAAAAUGAUGCAUUUUGCACCAUUCAGGAUGUAGUUGGAUACCUUUUUUCGUCAUCUGGUCAAAAGUAAUUUCAUUUUGCCGCGACACAAUUUAUUUUCUCGGCGAUGCGAUUUUCGAUGCGACAGAACCCUCAUUAUUUUCCUGAGAGACGUAUAUUCAAGCUAUUCAAUCGACCUUUUCAGGCCGACACCCUGCGACACUUUAGUUUCUUUUUUGGCCGAGUAGACCAAGCCUACUGGACUUCACAAUACUUCCCGGACCUCGCCGACAAACGGAUUGUUCUUCAUUUUGGUCAGUACGUGAACGUUGAGAAUAUGGAGAGGUUCUACAAGGACGACAAGAACCCGAAACAAUCUGAGCGGUGAGUUUAGUGAGACUUCUUCCUGAAAUUUUCUGUUUUUUUUUGAGUCAGUCUGUCGGGAAAAUAAUGAGCACUCUGUUGCAUCGACGAUCGCACCGAGGCCGAGAAAAUGAAUUGUGUCGCGACCAAAUCAAAUUGAUUUUCACUUCAGCGACGCAAUUCUUAAACAGAUCACACAUUAUUUUCCCGACAGGCUGACUGUCCAGAGGCCCGGGGGACAACCACACGAUAAGACGAGAAGCUCGAGUUCAAGUGAUUUAUCGAGUGAAAAGCGGCCCUUAUAUAGAGAAAUCCCACGUAGGAAAGUACAAUCAAAUUUGAAUAAUAAAUGAUGAUUUCCGUGGGAAUUCGGGCUCGAAGUUCGGUCGUUCCGCCUCACACUGAUAAUCUUAUUUUUUCAGUUUCUUCAUGCCAAUCACGAAACGCUGCGUUGCCUACACCCAGAAAUACAAAGCCCUCCAGGUGGAUCUUGUUGAAACCGCCGGAAUUGUGGGCGCCGCGUUGUGGCGGGAGGCCAUGCUUCAUGCCGAUUUCGAGAUUUCGCUCGCGCCGCUGCAACAACUUCUUCGCGAACUGCAUGAAUAUUGCCGGAAGACCUAUCCGAACAACGAGUCGCGGUUUGGCAUUCUAAUGCUCAUGCUGAGGGAUGUUGAGGUAAGGGAUUUAACAUGGCGUGCUUGAAGUGCAUUUUGCUGAUAUCUUUCCUGCACAUGGGCAUUUAGUUCCCGGAAAUUUUAGCACGCCCUUCGCAAAGAAGCUGGGAAUUUGUCGACUACUUUACCCUCAGCGACUUUGCGGACGGGCUGAUAUCAUUGCACAUCAACCUGAGAUAAGCUAGAACGGUCCCAUGAAUGGAUGGGCCAAUUCGCCAACAAAAGAAAAACUUUAGUUGGGGAAGAAAUGGGGAAUUUUAAGGGGCGAGAGAGCAGGUUUUUGCGCGUCUUUUCUCUGUCUUCUCUGUGAAAUGAAGAAGAAGUGUAAGAAACCGAUACCGAAGAGUCUAUUCUGGGCACCGGACUCCGCAAUUUGACGUGCAUUUCGCGGAAAAGACUGAUUUUUAAUGACAAUGUUGUGCGUCACAUGCAAACCAAAACGUUUUCAGACUUACCAAUCCUCAAAAAUGUGCCGAACGUUCUCCUUUUUUUGUGCGCAUUAUUUUCCCGACAGAUUGAUAGUACUCUCUGUGCUAUCAAAAGAUCUAAACUCACGGAAGACAAAGUGUCGCACAUUGAACGUUCUUCUGUUAUGCACAACAAACGAUUGAAAUUUCCAAGUUUCAGGAGCUCAUUCUCACCCUGCAAGAAGCCGUAACGAUCGGACGCCUCUCCAACGACCAUUAUCGUCAUGCGUUGGAGGACAUACAAAUGGUACGUAGUGUCAAGUCGUAA